CUAACAAACGACGAACGAACGACGUGCCGAGUGCCGAUUAAUUGUGGUUGUGGUUGUAAAAGGGAAAGUUAUUUCUUCUUGAUUUUAGUGAACUCAAGUCUCAAAGCAUAGUUUUAUAGUAUCGACAGACAAUUCGUUUUUGUUUUAAUAUUAUUUAACACACAUAAAUAGCCAUGGCUGAUGUAGCAGACGUGAGCACUUCAUCACCGGUGGAGUUGUUAAGUGUAGGCAGGAGACAUCUUGCAGUGAGAGACUACAGUGCUGCAGUUGAGGCUUUGACGAAGGCUUGCGAGUUGCUUGCUGCAGAACAUGGUGAUACCGCUGACCAAUGUGCUGAAGCUUAUUUAUGGUAUGGCAAAGCCCUUCUUGGAUUAUCAAGAGAAGAAAGUGGAGUCUUAGGAGAUGGUAUGCCAGGAACUGGUAAUGCUGAUGAAGAUGAAAACGGAGAUCAAGAAGAUAAUGAUGAAGAACAGAAUGAAGAUGGUGAGGAGGGAACAGAAGCAGAAGCCAAAAUGGAGACUCAGGACGAUUCAGCUGACAGCGGAACUGAAGUUGAGAAGACUGAAGCUGAAUCUACUACCAAGGAUGAUGAACCAACUGUGGUAGCGCCCAGCGGGACUGAUGAUGAGAAACCUGGGACUUCAAAUGGUGAUGCAAUGGACGAAUCUAUGGCGAAUUUGGACAAUGAAGAUGAUGUUGACAAUCUGCAACUAGCGUGGGAAACACUUGAUCUGGCUCGCAGUAUUCUAAAGCGUCGUGUAGAGGCGGGAGGUGGAGAUGCUGCGAGAACAUUGUUAGCUGAUGUACAUCUCGCACUGGGAGAGGUCGCUUUAGAAAGUGAGACCUACGACAAAGCUGUCACUGAUAUGAUGACCUGUUUGGAAAUUCAAAAAGAACUGUACAGUAGUGAUGAUAGGUGCAUAGCUGAAACUCACUAUCAAAUCGGUCUCGCAAACUCUUUAGCAUCAAACUUUGAAGACGCAGUAACACAUUUUAAGAAUGCAGCGAACAUUUUAGAAUCUAGAAUCAAAGCAUUAGAGAAUGCAAAUCCCAAAGACGAUGCCACUAUAAAGAAAUAUAAAUUAAACGAUCCAUUCUAUUCUAUUGAAGCAGAGAUUAAGGAAUUGAAGGAACUUCUACCUGAAAUACAGGAGAAAAUACAAGAUAUGAUAGAUUGCAAAGCUGAGACGAUAAAGCGAGUUCGUGAGACAUUAUGUCCUGCAAAUGGCGAGGGUUCAGGGGAACCAAGCAUUGCCAGUUCCACUUCCUCGGAACCCAAAGUUAAACCUGCUGCAUCAGACAUCUCACAUCUUAUCAAGAGAAAGAGGAAGGCUAGUGACGGUGAGGCAGAUUCUGCCUCAAAGAGAGUUAAUACGUGAAUAGUGUGUUUAGUGAAAAGUGAUGUUUUAGUGUUAGGAAGCCUUCUUUUAAAGCUAAGGACAUCUAAGGUGAGUUUUUAAGAUGAAUCUACUUAAAAUCUAGUGGUAAAUAUUUUUGUUAGCA